UCCCUCAACCUAAAAGCCCUAAUCGCAAACUCACGCUUCCCAAACAGUCAAUCACUACCAAAUCCCAAUCGACUUCGAGACGUCGAGUUCUUCCCCAGCUUGUCGACGUUGAGUUCUUACCCGGCGACGACAGUCGACAGGUCUUCGAAUGGCUGAAGCAGCUGAAAGAAAGCCAGUGAUCGGGUUUUCGUGGGAACCAAAGCUCCCUCUGCUCCCAUCUGUGAUAAAAAAUGGAUCUGCUAAAUCUCAACCUUUGCCCCCCGAAACUGUUGCGGUGUAUAGGCCUAGUACAGAGCUUGUUGAUGGCAUGUUCCUUCCUCCUAAUGACCCUAAAAAGUUGAACAAAUUAAUGAGGAAGCAAGUCAAAGAUACAGCUGGAAAGAAUUGGUUUGACAUGCCUGCCCCAACUAUCACCCCGGAGUUAAAAAAAGAUAUGCAACUACUAAAGUUGAGGAGUGUACUUGAUCCGAAGAGGCACUACAAGAAGGGUGAUUCAAAAUCAAAAACUCUUCCCAAGUAUUUCCAGGUGGGCACGGUCAUAGAGUCAGCGUCAGACUUCUACACCGGUAGACUUAUAAAGAAGGAGAGGAAAGCUACCCUUGCUGAUGAGCUACUUUCUGAUCAAACCCUCGGGCAGUACAGGAAGCGCAAGGUUCGAGAGAUUAAUGAGCAAAACCGUCCUGCUGGGGUUGAUAAAUGGAAGGUAAGAGGUAAGCAGUCCUGGAAACGAGCUAAGCAAAGAAGACACUGAUGGUUUCAAUAGGCAUCCCACGGAAUGUUAUUCCCCAACUAAGAAGUUCAAGUUUUGUGCUGGCUGAGACCAAUGGAAGAUGUUAGCAGUUUUGGUGUUGUGCUUUAGUGAAAUGAGAGGCAGAUCAACCUUGACUGUUUGUUUUCAUCUUGGAUUAAAUUAUUCUUAACAUGUCAUGAAUUAGCGUACUUUGCUAUAUACAUCAUAGUUUUUUACGUUCUAAUUCGAGUCAUUAAAUAUGUGGAACAGUGAUAUGGUCUUAACUGUUUAUGAUAAAGAUUCUUGUCGUUAA